AUGGAAAUUUCCCCAAAAAGACACCAUGAAAGCCCAGUAUACUCCAUCGACGUUUCCGGUCUAUUCAGCGACAACACCGAAAUCACAUUAUACACCAGUCCCAAGAAGGAUGACCGUGUCCUUGGCCGUUGCCGCUUCAACAAAUUCCGCCCAUCGGAAAUGCAAAUCUCCUCGAAUGGAGGUGCCUCAUCGCGCAUGACGUGGAUUCAGCACCACGAGUGUUAUCGGUGGUCUAUCCCACGAAAGUCUCAAGCAGGCGAGAAGGCUGGAGAACAGGAGGAGAAAUAUUUCUCAUGGAAAACUGUUGAAGAGCCUGCUUCUCCAAAAGGCAAUCAUGUUUAUCAGAAUCUUGAACUCUGCGAUAUGGACGAUGUGAUUUAUGCUGCAUAUUCUGGGGGUGCGCCGGGUACUAAGAACGGUGGGAAUUUACGGUUGAGGGAUGAUUUGGAUGAGGAGUUCCUCGCGAUGAUCGUAUUGACAGUCUGUGGGUUGAUUGAAAAGGAGAGACAGGCGAGAGCUCGGAAGGGUAACUAUACAAUUGGCAUGUUGGCCUAUUAA